AUGGCAAGUUCACUUCACAGCCACGGCUUCCUACUUCUCACACUGCUGAGUCUUCUUCUUGUGCUUCCCUCGCCGGCCUCCUUCCUCGAUGAUUCGCUGCUGACUUCUUCUUCUUCUCAGGGAAUGCUGGCGGAUCAAGAAAAGGUUCCUCUGGGGUCUGCGCCGCCCAACUGCCGCAACCGGUGCAACCGCUGCUCGCCAUGCACGGCGGUGCAGGAUCCGGCGCCGCCGUCCGGGUUACGACCGGGGAACAGUGGCUGUUCGUUGUCUGUGAACCAGUACUCUAAUUACAAGCCGUUGGAGUGGAAGUGCAGGUGUGGCGAUCGCCUGUACAACCCUUGA